UCGCUUUGACCGAACAUCCAUCCUCAUUCCAUCCUCCUGUUUGUUUCUACAGAGCAUUGUGUCCCAUAAUGCUUGGCGAGAUUGACCACCAAGAUGGCUGACGUUAUGGAUGAAUAUGAGAAAGAAGCUGGCUGUGUCCCUAUUCUUCAUCCAGAGGAACUCAAGCCCCAGAGUCACUAUAACCAUGGCUACAGUGAGAAUGUGGGGCGCAAGAGCCACGUGGAUGACUACAGUACCUGGGACAUCGUCAAAGCCACGCAGUAUGGGAUCUUUGAGCGCUGCAGAGAGCUGGUGGAGGCGGGCUAUGACGUUCAGCAGCCGGACAAAGAGAACGUCACACUCCUGCACUGGGCCUCCAUCAACAAUAGAAUAGACUUGGUCAAGUACUACAUAUCGAAGGGGGCGAUGGUGGACCAGUUGGGAGGUGACCUCAACUCCACACCACUGCAUUGGGCCACAAGACAGGGCCACCUCUCCAUGGUGGUGCAGCUGCUGAAGUAUGGGUCAGACCCCUCGCUCAUCGACGGAGAGGGCUGCAGCUGUGUCCACCUGGCCGCCCAGUUCGGACACACCUCCAUCGUGGCUUACCUCAUCGCCAAGGGGCAGGAUGUGGACAUGAUGGAUCAGAACGGCAUGACUCCCUUGAUGUGGGCAGCUUACAGGACACACAGCGUGGACCCCACCCGGCUACUGCUGACCUUCAACGUGUCGGUCAACCUGGGUGACAAGUACCACAAGAACACGGCUCUGCACUGGGCCGUGUUGGCCGGCAACACCACCGUCAUCACCCUGCUGCUGGACUCCAACUCCAACGUGGACGCACAGAACAUCAAGGGUGAGACGCCGCUGGACCUGGCCAAGCAGAGGAAAAACGUCUGGAUGGUCAACCAUUUGCAGGAGGCCCGGCAGGCCAAGGGUUACGACAGCCCUGGCUACCUGAAGAAGCUGAAGAUGGACAAGGAGUUCAGACAGAAGAUCAUGUUGGGGACCCCCUUCCUGGUGAUCUGGCUGGUGGGCUUCAUCGCUGACCUGGACAUCGACUCCUGGCUCCUCAAGGGCCUGAUGUACUGCGGCAUGUGGGUCACUGUGCAGUUCCUCUCCAAGUCUUUCUUUGACCACUCCAUGCACAGCGCCCUGCCCCUGGGAAUCUACCUGGCAACCAAGUUCUGGAUGUACGUGACUUGGUUCUACUGGUUCUGGAAUGAUCUCCCGUUCGCCACCGUCCACCUGCCUUUCCUCCUGAACAGUGUCGGUCUGUUCUACAACUUCGGCAAGUCCUGGAAAUCAGACCCAGGGAUCAUCAAAGCCUCAGAGGAACAGAAGAAAAAGACUAUUGUUGAACUGGCGGAGACGGGCAGUCUGGAUCUCAGCAUAUUCUGCAGUACUUGUUUGAUACGGAAGCCCAUCCGGUCCAAACACUGUGCCGUGUGCAACCGCUGUAUCGCCAAGUUCGACCACCACUGCCCUUGGGUGGGCAACUGUGUCGGAAGUGGGAAUCACCGCUACUUCAUGGGCUACCUGUUCUUCCUGCUCUGCAUGAUCAGCUGGAUGAUCUAUGGCUGCAUCUGCUACUGGAGGAUCCACUGCGCCACCAACUACACCAAGGAUGGUUUCUGGCUGUACCUGACGCAGAUCGCCUCCUGCUCUCCCUGGAUGUUCUGGAUGUUCCUCAACAGUGUGUUCCACUUCAUGUGGGUGGCUGUGCUAAUCAUGUGCCAGCUCUACCAGAUUGCUGGUCUGGGAAUCACCACCAACGAGAGAAUGAACGCCAGGAGAUACAAGCACUUUAAAGUAACGGCCACGUCCAUCGAGAGCCCCUUCAAUCACGGGUGUGUACGGAACCUCAUAGACUUCUUUGAGAUUCGCUGCUGCGGCCUGAUCCGGCCCAAGGCGAUAGACUGGACCACACAGUACACAAUCGAGUACGACCAGACGUCCGGGUCGGGCUACCAGCUGGUGUAGACGAGAAGAGAGGAGAGGGGGAGUGGAGUGGCGGUGUCUAGAGGAGGAGGUUCAAUAUCGGAGCCAGGCUCGGACCUUCUUCCUCACCGAUUCAGACUGAGAAAACCAGCCAGGAACUAGCAUGCUGUUACGGGACACCACAUACACCACCAUAAGACCAACACCUACUACUACUACUACUAGUCUACAUGAAACCACCUCCAUUACUGUACCCACCACAACCUCAGAGCCCCUCCUGGGGGGGCCUUCUCCUAUGCUGGUCCUCCCUGGUCUCUCCUGCCCAUGGACGGUGCACCGCUGCCAGGAACGGCAGGGAGAGAGGCAGAGGGAGGAGGAGGAAGAGAAUAUAUAAAGAGAAAAAAAAAGGAAUCUUUAUUUGUUUGCUGUACUGGAGACAUUAUGCUGCGGGGCAGGCAGUACGGUUGACGGCAGCAUCAAAUUGUUUACCUUUUUGGUUAAUUUUUCCCUUUAAAAAAAAGAGAAUACGUUUUUCACAUUCAUCUUUAUUUUAUUUUUUUCAUCUUGUUGCCCUGUAGAUUUUUUUUAUUGUGCUCGAAACUCUGCUGUUCCUUUUAGAACUGUGGUGGCUAGGGAGACUGAGGAAAGAAGGCCUUUUAAGGAAGAAGUUGGUUCUUAAACAGGAUUUGAUAAUGGAUGGUUACUAUGGCAUGGUCAUGUACCAUCAUUCAAGUCUUUGUGCAAGUUACCCUAAGGAUUGCUUAGAAUUGCCAAAGUUGUUCAACUUGUCAGUAUGUCAUAAAAUGGCAUUUGCAAUCGUUGGGUGGGGGAUCUAUUGCCAGUGGUCACUUUCACAAGGUAUUGAAGGUGCAGAUAGGAGCGACAUCCUACUUAUAAUGUGACGCAAGCAUAUUUAUUUUAACUCUAUUUAUAGAUAAAAUGUCAUAGUACCAUCUGAUUUUACAUGUCAUGUUUUUUUAUCAAGAAAACAUUCGCUAGAAAUCGUAUAUGUGUGACAUGGUGCCCUGAGACCUUUACUAGAAAAGUAGACACACACAUUAAUAUAAGAGUAGUGUUGGUGAGAGAUCAACUAGAGUCGGGAAGAUGAGGCCAUUCCAUCCCAGACUGAACGGAUGGUUUUGGGAGUUUACAAGAAAGGUUCAUUCCGUGUGUAUUCAUUUUUUUAUUUUUUUUGGGGGGGGUCUGUUUGUUUGUCUGCCUACGACAAUGCACUGAUCACUGUUUUAGUCUCGUGGUUACUGAGGAAAUACAGGCGCACCCUCGCCGCUUCCGACAAACACUUCAAUGUUUACUGAUUGAAGGAGCUCGGGCCCAAUCAGAAAGGUGUAUAUAGCCCGAGACCCGCCCCUUCUUCUGGGUUCUCAUCUGUUAUUGGUCAUUUAAAUUUCCCGCUAGUGGUCUCUACGCAGCCGCAGCGCCAGGACGGACUGAAAUGUAAAGAAUGUGCAUCUGUACAUAAAUGAUCUAGUUUUCUUCGUGAGUGAUUUUAUUUUGUCAGUUGAAGCUGCUCCUAUAAGACUUUUUUGAUUUCAUCCAACCAAAAGGAAAAGAGAACUCCCCGAUUAUAAUCCAAUUGUAUGACUGUAGCUUUUAGUGAUGUCCGACACUGCUGUCUAAAGGCAUUUUAACCCUGCAAACUCCACUGCAUGUGUGAUACUUGGACAUUGGGCUGUCGCCAUACUGUUGGCUCACCCCCCUCCAUCCAAGCAGCCCAGUGAUAGCCAUGUGUCUGUAUAUAGUGAAUGUUCAGUAUUUACAAGUACUUUCUUCGGUAUGUUCUCUUUUGUUUUUGUUUUUUAAACCCAGUGUGUGUGUUUCUUUAGUGCAAGUCCUCCUUCUCGGUCUGCAGGCGGCAGUUGUCCAGCCUGCCGAAGUGUUCCAUGCUGGUGGUUGGAUUAUACUCAAAGUAAAGGGUUUUUUCUAUGUCAUAUUGCUGGGUUUGUUACACCACUUGAUGAACAAAUUGUAAAGCAAGAAGCAAGAGAAAAUGACAAUUUUAGUUUUCUAAAAACUGAAAUCAUACGUGUCAUCGUGCGCAGUAAUCCAGGAUAACAUUCAGAGAGGUAUGAAGCAUGGAUUUAGACAUCUCAUCAUAUCUUUCACAUUAUGGCGUCAGAGCACAGGAAGCACCAUUGAGGCGAUCUCUAUUUUUGAAGUACAUUUUCUACUUUUAUCAGUUGGCAAACAAACUGAAAGGGUGAAUACUGCCACCUGAAGUGUGUUUGAACAGGUAAAACGCCAAGGUUGGCGAUUUACCAUCACAUGCAUGUUUGCCCACAAGUAUAAUUCAUUGGCGGAUCCCCUCGUGGUGACCUGGAUGGAAUUAUGCGAUCCUUCCUUAACCUAUAGGAAGUCCCACCCAGUUGACUACUUAAAAAUUGUAAAAGUCCCCAAUGGUGCUGCCUGUGCUAAAACAGGCUUUUGGCCACUAGAGUCCUAUGGUAUAAAGAGGUGUAUAUCAUCCGUAAGGGACACAGUGGAUCAUUUUGCAGGCUCACCUACUGCUGCCUAUCUAUCUAAAAGGAGCACAGCGGUCAUCCUAAACAACCUACAGGUAUAGAGCUCAUCCAGAUUAGGUUUGAGAUAAAUAUUCACACUAGCCUGAGUGCCACUCUGUUUGUACUGUCAUACCAAUUCCCUGUCACUCGUCAUGACAAACAUGGUUGUCUUGACAAUGAGGAAUGGAAUUGGUAAGAGCACAAACAGAUCUGGGAUCAGGCUUUUCACACCGGCUCUUCCAACAAAUACGUCAUUUUCCCCCAGCUGCCACCAUGUGAAAAGCACAUGAUCAUCUACAGUGCCUCUCCGCCUUCUUCAGGACAUCACCGUAACCCUGCUUCAGAUGUUAAUAUAUUGGGCAUGGUUCAAUUUUAAUGGCUUUAAUAAUAAAAUACAUUAAAAUGUGAAAAUACA